AUGAAGAUCCAGUGUGAUGUGUGUGAGAAAGCUCAAGCAACUGUGAUAUGCUGCGCGGAUGAGGCGGCUUUGUGCGCGGAAUGUGAUAUUGAAGUGCAUGCUGCUAACAAACUUGCAAGCAAACACCAAAGGCUGCUUCUUGAAUGUCCCUCCAACAAGCUCCCUCCAUGUGAUAUAUGCCAAACGAAGACAGCUUUCAUUUUCUGUGUUGAAGACAGAGCACUCUUUUGCAAGGAUUGUGAUGAGCCUAUCCAUUCGGCCAAUAGCCAUGCUGCUAAUCACCAGCGAUUUUUAGCCACCGGAAUUCGAGUAGCUUUGAGCUCUAGUUGCAAUAAGGACACAAUGAAAGACCAUGUGGUGCCAAUGCCGCCCAAGCAGAAUUCACAACAGAUUACUACGAGAAUACCCGCGCAGCAUGUAAGUGGUAUCACAUCACCAGCUUGGCCUGUUGAUGAGUUACUACAGUUUUCAGAUUAUGAAUCCUCCAAUAAGAAGGAUCAACUUGAGUUUGGUGAGCUUGAGUGGUUUUCAGACAUUGGUCUGUUUGGCGAACAACUGUCUUCGGAGGCUUUAGCAGCGGAAGUACCUCAGCUACCAGUGUCUCAGCCAAGUAACUCGGCUUCUUAUAGGCCAGCCAAAUUUUACAUGCCUCACAAGAAAUCUAGAAUUGAAAUUCUAGACGAUAAUGAGGAGGGGUAUUUCACCGUUCCUGAUCUUGGAUGA